AUGGAUACGCAUGGCAUUCAGCGCAGUGAUGCGCAGCAAGAACAGUCUGAUUCUUCGGCGGAGAAGAACCCCGUCGUCGUUGAUAACACGACUAUCAGAUCGAGGCCGGGGAGCGCGAAUCGUGCCAAGAAGGCCCUGGAACGGGCCAAGCAUGCGUUUUGGACAUUUGGCACGUUUGUUGGGCCGGGAUUCAUGAUUUCUGUGGCGUAUAUCGACCCCGGCAACUAUGCCACCGAUAUCGCAGCUGGUGCAUCAUACCAGUACAAACUACUUUUCAUCGUCCUCUUGAGCAACCUCUUCGCCAUUCUCCUGCAGUCGCUAGCCAUCCAGCUCGGCACAGUCACAGGCCUGGAUCUCGCAUCAGCAUGUCGUGCGUAUUUGCCGCGCUGGUUGAAUUACUUGCUGUAUGGUCUGGCUGAAGUUGCCAUUAUCGCGACGGACAUGGCAGAGGUUGUGGGUACCGCCAUUGCCUUGAAUCUUUUGAUCCCUAAACUGCCUCUUGUUGCGGGAUGCGCAUUGUCUAUUCUGGACGUCAUGGCCAUUUUGAUCUUUUAUAGGCCAGACGGCACGAUGAAGGGCUUGAGGUUAUUUGAAAUGUUUGUCUGCUUGCUAGUAUUGGGGGUCGUAAUCUGCUUUUGUAUUGAGCUGAGCAUGAUUUCGGGGAGUGUCGGGGAGGUAUUCAGAGGAUACGUUCCGUCCAGUUCGCUUGUUGAGUCGCAAGCACUGUAUCAGGCUUGUGGCAUUCUCGGAGCAACCGUCAUGCCACACAGCUUAUACCUAGGCUCUGGUAUUGUCCAGCCCCGUCUGCGAGAGUUCGACACCAAGCACGGCCUUAUACCAGAGGAGCUAGCCACUUCUGCGUCUUCCGCUACCAACGACGAAUACCUUGAUAAGGGAGUAUAUAUCCCAUCUCAAGCCGCCAUCAAACACUCACUCAAGUACUCCAUCACCGAACUGGCCCUUGCACUCUUCACCUUUGCCCUCUUUGUCAACUCGGCCAUUCUCAUCGUAGCCGGCGCCUCUUUAUAUCAAAACCCUGACGCGCUCGAAGCUGAUAUUUUUGGCAUCCAUGACCUGCUGGCAAAGAGCAUCUCGCCCGCUGUGGGUACAAUCUUUGCCUUGGCCCUUCUUCUAUCUGGCGUAUCGGCAGGCAUCGUGUGCACCAUUGCAGGCCAGUUGGUCAGCGAGGGUGCCAUCAGGUGGAAACUCAAGCCGUGGCUCCGUCGGCUCAUUACUCGCUCCAUCAGCAUCACCCCGUCGAUUAUCAUUGCCGGAGCAGUAGGAAGGUCUGGGCUGAACACGGCCUUGACAGCUUCACAAGUGGUUCUUAGUUCUGUGCUGCCAUUUGUCACUUUGCCACUUAUUUACUUUACCAGUCGAUCAAGAUACAUGACUGUUUUGCCGGGAAUGGCACGAUACUACAAUGAGGAUGAUGACAGAGGUCGGCCAGGUGCAAAUAGUGCUGCUGGUGUCAACAUGGCGAAUCCGUGGUAUAUUAUUAUUCUGGGGGUACUGGUGUGGUUAGUCAUUACGGUGAUGAAUGUGGCCAAUUUGGUAUUAUUGGGUUUAGGAAAGUCUGGUUGA